AUGCUGCAGCUUAAAACCACCAUCAAAGACUUUCUUAAGUGUGAGGUGGGUGCUGGUAAAUCUGCUUCUUUUUGGUAUGACACGUGGACAGACUUUGGUCAGAUGGGCCAAGGCAUCUGCGAGUUAGAAAUUAGAAAAGAUGCAAGAGUUUUUGACGCCUCGAGAAAUGGUCAAUGGGUAUUGCCGGCAGCUCGAUCUGACAACUGCCAAACAUUCCUGGUGGCACUAACUGAUGUUGGUGCACCUGAACAUUGCAAAGGUUGUGAUACUUUCCUUUGGCGUAAUUGCUCCGGUACGUACAAUCCCUCUUUCUCUUCCAAGGAAACAUGGGAGCAGAUUAGAGCACGGUCAGCUUUGGUCCCUUGGGCUGAGGUUGUAUGGUUCAAGGAGCAUGUGCCACGCUUUUCUCUUAUUACUUGGCUGGCUAUGCUUUCUCGUCUUCCCAUUAGAGAUAGGCUAAGUAGGUGGGGCUUGAAUAUCCCUACCUCUUGUGUCCUCUGCUCAACCUCUUGUAAUUUUCCUUUGGAAUGA